UGGGUCUACGUCAUUAGUUUACAUGUGUGAGUAUUGUGUUUAGCAAGUAUUUUUUGGUAUAUCACAUUAAUGUUUUGGUAUUAUACGCGGCGAUGUCUUCAGCUUCACAAAGAGGAGUUUCAAUCAGCUUUGUCCUCCAGCUUAACGACAAAGAGAGGUGGAGCGCGUGCGCAGACUGCCGGACAAACCUGCAAUGAUCUGCAGAGAACAACAGAUGCUCCACAGCCACACGUCUGUAACGGCGAGGAGUUCCAGCAACCCUGGAACCUGCUGAAGAGCUUCAGUCCUGAUCAGGACGAACUAGAACCUCCAAAGGUCAAGGAGGAGCCUCAGGAUCUGUCCAGCAGUCAUGGUGGGGGGCAGCUUGUGCUGAAACAGGAGACUGACACGAUGGUCCACUGCAAGUCUGAAUGUGAGGAAAUGAUUCAAACAGUCAUCAUUCAGCAUGAAGACCUCUCACAAGAGAGAAAAGAGGUUCUCGCUGAUGACCAGCUGUUCAAGCAGAAGUGGGAAUCGUAUCUGGAUCACAAGGAAGCAGAACCUGCACACAUUAAAGAAGAGCAGGAGGAGAGCUGCUGCACUCAGAGGGGAUUUCAGACCAGGCUGAAGGAGGAAACUGAUAUUUUCAUGGUGACGGUUGACUAUGAAGAAAGUGAUGAAUCUGUGCCAGAGCCCAGCAGUGAGGAGCUCCUGUCUCACAGCCCUGAUGGAUCUGAAAGACGAGCUCUGCAUGCAAACCAUCAUGUCAAGCCAGGAUUCACAGAAAGUGCUGGGCUGGAUCCAGGCAGGAGACCUUACAGGAACCAGCAUCCCACUAUGGUCACGGUGGAUGACUGUUCUUCAUCAGAGAUUCGCUUCAGCAUAGAUUCAGUGAAAAAAACAUUUGCGUGUGACGUUUGUGGAAAAGCUUUCAAAAAGAAGUCCUUAAUCACGCAGCACGUCAUAAUCCACUCUGGCGAAAAGCCGUUCGACUGUAAAACCUGUGGAAAAAGUUUCAGCCGAAGCGGAAAUUUUACCAUCCACAUGAGAACUCACACAGGUGAGAAGCCCUUUUCGUGUGAAACCUGCGGGAAGUCCUUCACCGACAGUUAUAGUCUGACAAUCCACACGAGAACGCACACGGGUGAGAGGCCGUAUUCGUGUAAAACAUGCGGAAAACGCUUCAGUAGAAGUUGCAAUCUCACCAUACACACGAGGACUCACACAGGCGAACGGCCGUACUCAUGCGAAACGUGCAGUAAAAGCUUCACCGAACGUUACAGCCUGACUAUCCACAGGAGAACUCACACAGGUGAGAGGCCGUAUUCAUGUGAAACCUGUGGAAGAAGCUUCAACUGCAACAGCAGUCUGACCGCCCACACAAGAACCCACACAGGCGAAAAGCCGUAUUCCUGUGAGACGUGUGCCAAGAGGUUCAGCCGCAGGAGCAAUUUAAUUGUGCACAUGAGAACUCACACAGAUGAAAAGCCGUACUCCUGCAAUUUAUGUGACAAAAGUUUCACCAGAAGGGAAGGAUGGCUGAUCCACAAGCAGAUACACUCGUGUGAGAAAUCCUACUCUUGUAAGAUUUGUGGAAAAACUUUCAGUCAAAGUUGCGGGUUAACUGUCCACAUGAGAAGUCAUAUGUGAUCAGCUGUUGGAGUCUACUCUGGAUAAUUGAGUGCAAAGAAAGAUUAGAAAUUAAGCUUUACCCUUACUGUGUUUUUAUACAUUACCAAAAUGUUUUAUCAUAAAAAAUUUUUAUUUGAUCCUAAAUUAUUUUGUACAUUUUAAAGACUUUAAAUCCCACUGUGUGUCUUGAUAAAUGCCCGAAUAUCAAAGCAGUUCUCCUGCAGCAAUUUCAUUGUUGGUGCUGAAAAACAGAAAAUUGAUGCAAACGUGGAUGUUUAGUAAAACGGAUUUGCACGUUUAUAAAAUUAGAUACUUCCUAAAAAAUAAUAAUAAAUUGGCUAAAACUAUGUUACAGUUGUCAAACUUAUGUUCAAUGAAUGUAUGUAAAUAAAAUAUUUUUAUCAUUUUAAUUGUCUGUAGAUAUAAAAAGUUUAAAUUUUUUAUUUUUAUCUGAUUCUUCCAACCAAACUAGACCAGAUUUUUACAUUUGUAAAACUGACUUUCACUUGUCAUCUGAAAGCACAUUUUUCUGUCAAAUACAUUUUUAUAUUUGAGUUUUUUUUCCUUAUGCGCUAAUCUCCCUUUACGGAAGAUAAUAAAAAAAGUUAUUAAUUUGAUUCUUGGAAGUUAAGAAAUCUGCCUGAGUGUAAGUGCAGUAACUUCUGUUCACCAGCAGAUGGUGCCAGAGUGAACGCAUACCGACUAAUAUUCGGUGUCAAUGGAAGAGACCAAAUAGUCUUUUAAGAAUUCAAAUCUAUUUUGAAAUUUUUUAUGUUUAUAACACAAAUAAACAAAAACAACCCAAUGACAUUAAAGAAAAAAUAUUUGGCAUCGAGACAUACCAUUGAGGCCAGACUCUAAAAAAGUUUUUUUUUUGGUCUCAGCAUAAAUAGUACUCAGAAUAAUCUUUUUAAGACUGAGAAAAUUAAUAAGUAAAGUAUUUCUGCUUGAAACAUUUAGUUAAAACAAACAUGUUUCUUUUUAAACUUAACAUAUAGCAAUUUUUUAAAACUAAAACAAAGAAAACUAUCUUAAUGUUUGAAUAAAAAGUUAAAGUUUUUAAUUUUAGAUCAUGGAUUUUCAUUUAUUCUAAUGUAUUCAAUGAUUGUACAUACAA